GCGCCGGCUUUUGCAAAGUUUGCGCUGGAUUAAGCACCCCCCAAGCGCCGUACGACCGAGGCUGGCACACCAGCCAUUGCUUCUAGCGGCAACUAGCCCCCGGAGCAAUUUGAGCCGAGCUCGAGCGCCUGGUAAAAAGCACAGCCUCCCCGAGACGAAGAUGUCCAACUUCGACGCCGGCGGCUUCGACGACUUCGCCCCCGCGGCGUCGACCGAGGACUUCCCGCGCCGCCGCUCAACCACAGAGAGCUUCCCUAGAAGAAGCGACCAGCCGAGACGGACGACCAGUUCCAGGGACGAUAUCGUCGAACGGCGCGCCAGCGAGCCGCCCGCACCCCAACUCAAGGAGCGGCCGCCGGCCUGGCAGCCUGAUGCCGCUGUUGAUCAAUGUCCCACCUGCCGAUCGCGGUUCGAGACGUUCGCGCGGAGGCACCACUGUAGAUAUUGUGGCGGCGUCUUCUGCUACAACUGCACGCAGCGAAGUAUGUUGAUGCCGCCGCAGUGGGAGGGGCUCUGUGGCUACGCUACGCGCGACCCGCAGAAGGUGUGCGCUGCGUGUGCGUCGCAGGUCCAGCCCUACCAGCAGCAGUGGAUCGAUUCGAACUCUAAUCAGAACAAGGCCAAUCACAUUGAUAACGACGCGUCUACACGCUAUCUGAAUUCGCCUCUACGCUUCACAUUAGGAGGGGAAGUCCGGAAGGCAGGCAUUACCCUAAGGAAUCUACUAGGAGACAAUGUGAAUUUUUGGGAGAAGGACGCCCAGGUGUUCCAUGAUCAGUUGCAAGGCGCUCGAGGGUUACUCUUUCUCACAAUCGCCAAGAUGGCGAUGAUUGGUGGUUUAAGGGUGGGUACGGGACUAGUCAUUGCGAAGCUACCGGACGGGUCGUGGAGCGCCCCGUGUGCGGUCGGCACGCUAGGCUUGUCCUUCGGGGCCAUGUUCGGCAUCGGGAUUUCCGACACGGUGACAGCUCUCGACGACACCGCUGUUACCGAAUUGGCAGAUGCACAUACCACCAAGAUCAGUGUGGGGUUCGACGCGUCACUAGCCCUGGGGCCCCUUGGUCGCUCGGCGUCCGGUGAGGUGCUCGGUGCUUCGGACGCGUCGGCGACGACUUCCACGACGUACUCGCAGACGCGCGGUUUUUAUGGGGGCAUCUCGUUGAACGGCGCGAAUCUGCGCGUGCGGGAUGAUGUAAAUCUCAAGUUCUACGGCAAGAAGGUCGCUCCUGCCGAUGUUUUGAGAGGUCGCGUCAAGCAGCCGCCCGCGGCCCAAUGUUUAUACGAGGAGCUGGGCGGCUUCUUCGGCGAGCUCGAGGCGCGACGGCGGCGUUCGGCCGCGCGCCAGGCCUACGAGUACCAGUCCCAGCGUUCAACUGCAUCUUCGACGGGUGGUGGCGCUAGCGCUUCGAACAACGACGACCCCUUCGGCUCGGCGGACCCCGUCGUCGAGGUCUAAGCACAUACUACUAC